ACUUCCUGUACUGGUGCUGGAAGUGGGAGGACAGAAGGCAGGCAGCCUGCUUCCUGGUUGAGAGUCCUAGUGGAACUCGGGGAUCAUGGACAUUGAAGCAUAUUUUGAAAGAAUUGGUUAUAAGAAUUCUAGGAACAAAUUGGACUUGGAAACAUUAACUGACAUUCUUCAGCACCAGAUCCGAGCCAUUCCCUUUGAGAACCUUAACAUCCAUUGUGGGGAAACCAUGGAAUUGGGCUUGAAGGCCAUUUUUGAGCAAGUUGUGUGGAGGAACCGUGGUGGAUGGUGUCUCCAGGUCAAUCAUCUUCUGUACUGGGUUCUGACCACAAUUGGUUAUGAGACCACAAUGUUGGGGGGUUAUGUGUACAGUACUGCAGCCAACAAAUAUAGUAAUGCUAUGAUUCAUCUCCUGCUGAAGGUGACUACUGAGGGUAAGAAUUACAUAGUGGAUGCUGGAUUUGGACGUUCUUACCAGAUGUGGCAGCCUCUGGAGUUAAUUUCUGGAAAGGAUCAGCUUCAAGUGCCUUGCAUCUUCCGCUUGACAGAAGAGAGAGGAAUCUGGUACCUGGACCAAAUCAGAAGACAGCAGUACAUUGCAAAUGAAGAAUUUCUUAAUUCUGAUCUCCUGGAAAAAAAUAAAUACCGAAAAAUAUACUCCUUUACUCUUGAACCUCGAACAAUUGAAGAUUUUGAGUCUGUGAAUACAUACCUUCAGACAUCUCCAACAUCUGUGUUUACAAGCAAGUCAUUCUGUUCCUUGCAGACAUCUGAAGGGGUUCACUGUUUAGUGGGCUGCACCCUUACCUAUAGGAAAUUCAAUUAUAAGGACAAUAUGGAUUUGGUAGAGUUUAAGGUCCUGAAUGAAGAAGAAGUAGAACAAAAGCUGAAAAAUACAUUUAAUAUUUCCUUGGAGAGAAAGUUUGUGCCCAAACAUGGUGAUCAAUUUUUUACCAUUUAGAGUAAGGAGUAAAAAUAGUCUUCAGUAUUACUUCAUGUACUGAAACUUUUUGUUAUAAAAAAUAUUAAACAUAUAUUAGAGAAAAUAAACUAAUAA